CAUUCUCUCUCUCUCUCUCUCUCUCUCUCUCUCUCUCUCUCUCUCUCUCUCAUACAAUGGCGCUGACGGCCGUUCACGUCUCCGACGUCCCCAGUCUCGACCAAGUCCCCGAAACCACCACCUCAUUGUCGUCGCUUUUUUCCCCCCGUUUCUCCAAAGGGGUUGAUGUCGGGAGAAUCGGGGUUAAGCCUCCGAAAUUUCUAGUGGUUGGGCACAGAGGGAGUGGUAUGAAUUCAUUGCAGUCGUCUGAUCGGAGAAUGAAGGCCUUUAAAGAGAACUCCAUCCUUUCUUUCAAUUCUGCUGCUCAGUUUCCCGUUGAUUUCGUCGAGUUUGACGUUCAGGUGACCAAAGAUGACUGCCCCGUGAUUUUCCACGACAACUUCAUCCUCUCCGAAGAAAAUGGGACAUUAUCUGAGAAGAGUGUGACAGAGUUGAGUCUAUCAGAGUUCCUUUGCUAUGGCCCUCAAAGAGAGCCCAGUAAGGUGGGAAAGUCCCUCUUUAGGAAAGCUAAAGACGGCGAGAUUUUAAGCUGGAAUGUUGAGAGAGAUGACUCCCUCUGUACUCUUGAAGAAGCGUUUCAGAAGGUUAACUCUUCUUUGGGCUUCAACGUCGAGUUGAAGUUUGAUGAUCGCAUUGUCUAUCAACAAGAACAUCUCAUCCAUGCUCUUCAAUCCAUCUUGAAGGUAGUUUUUGAACACGCCAAAGACAGACCCAUCAUUUUCUCAACCUUCCAACCCGACGCAGCAUUGAUUACCAGGAAACUGCAGAGCACUUACCCAGUCUUCUUUCUCACAAACGGGGGAAAUGAAAUUUUCUACGACGUAAGAAGGAAUUCCUUGGAGGAGGGCAUGAAGCUCUGCGUAGAGGGUGGUUUGCAAGGGAUUGUAUCGGAGGUCAAAGGUAUUCUUAGAAAUCCAGGGGCAGUAUCCAAGAUAAAAGAGGCUAAGCUUUCACUAUUAACAUACGGGAAACUAAACAAUGUGCCCGAAGCAGUUUACUUGCAACAUUUGAUGGGUAUUGAGGGAGUGAUUGUAGAUUUGGUGCAAGAAAUCACAGAGGCUGUUUCCAAGAUGAUCAAGCCGUUGAAGGAGCAGGGUGAGGAUGAGAUACUAAUGGAACGGGACAAACAGAUUCGGGCGAAGGCAAAGCCCCAAUUCAUGGAAAAUGAGUUGUCGUUUCUGCUCAAGCUAGUACCAGAGUUGAUACAGUAGCAGCUGUAAGACUUGCCACUCUUUAGUCUUUACUCCCUUUUUUGUCAUGGAACUUCAAGCCUGAACAUAAUCCUAGGUUCCCAACAUCUUUGUAGAUAAGCCAGUGUAUUCCCAUCUCUCUACAGCACUCGCACCCAAACAGAAUUCUCAUUCGGCCUUUCUCCGGGUGGUAUUUUUAUCUGUCGUGUGUACGGCCAUAGAAAUGCUCACAGUUUUACAUCUUUAGUUCUUCCCCUUGUCGACCCUUCCAUUGGCUAUGUGUAACUUGGGUCCAGAAACAUGUACGGAUGCAGAUUGGAAACGAGUCAAACGACCAUUACUUCUAUUGAACAUAAA